GGCCAGCCGUGCGGAUGGACUGUCUCUCCCACUCUGAUGCUUGUUUCGCGUCUUGAGGGAGGGCGUUUUAUUUUUAAUUUUUUUAACUUUCCCCGGCAACAGCCCGGUUUCUUUUCAGAUAGACUGCACUCGUGUUUAUCGGCGAAGUCAUGGCAGACCGCGGCGUGGAUUUGUCCGCCCUGCCAAAAGAGGUUAGAGACCAGUUGGCGGAGUUGGAUCUGGAGCUGUCUGAAGGUGACAUCACACAGAAGGGCUAUGAGAAGAAGAGAGCCAAGCUGCUGGCCUCCUACAUCCCCCAUUUGCCAAGUGUGGAUCUGUCCCUGCCAGAUGUGCAGCUUUCCCCAGGCCACAGUGCUGACCCCAGCCCAAGUCCUGAGGCCCCGGGCCCCUCCAGCUCUUCAGCCUCCAGACACCACCGUUCACACCGCAGUGGAGGGGCCAGGGAUGAGCGCUACAGAUCAGACAUCCACACAGAGGCUGUGCAGGCAGCACUGGCCAAACACAAAGAACAGAAGAUGGCGCUGCCCAUGCCAACCAAGAGACGCUCAGCCUUUGUCCAGUCUCCCAUAGAUACCUGCACACCUCCAGACACAUCUUCUGCAUCAGAGGAUGAGGGCUCACUCCGCAGAAAGGCAGCUCUCAGUGCAGUGCUGGCCCAGAGCCUGCAGAGCCCCGAUUACUGGAUCAACCGUUCCGUCCAAAGCUCCUCCACAUCCUCGUCUGCUUCCUCCACCCUCUCCCAUGGAGAGCCCAAGACCCAACCACAUCCCCAGCCUCAGCCAGCUGUUUCCUUGCUGGCUGACGUACUGGCACACACACGCAUAGAAAACAGUGUCCCCCCAGAUGUGACAUCCUCCACUCCCCAGGAGAGAGGGUCCAGGGUGGACCUGCCUCCAGCGGUGAGGGGCAUGAGCCGUGGACAGAGCCGCUCCAGCAUGCUGGAUACUGCUGACGGCGUGCCUGUCAACAGCAGGGUGUCCACUAAGAUCCAGCAGCUGUUGAACACACUCAAACGGCCCAAAAGACCACCACUCAGCGAAUUCUUCCUUGAUGACGCUGAGGAAAUUGUAGAAGUUCCCCAGCCAGACCCCAACACCCCGAAGCCCGAGGGACGUCAAAUUAUUCCGGUGAAGGGGGAGCCCCUUGGAGUUGUCAGUAACUGGCCUCCUGCCCUGCAGGCUGCUCUGGCCCGCUGGGGGGCCACCCAGGCCAAGAGUCCUGCCCUCACUGUUCUGGAUGUCACUGGCAAACCCCUCUACACACUCACAUAUGGCAAACUAUGGAGUCGCAGUCUGAAGCUGGCCUAUACACUGCUGAAUAAACUAGGCACCAAGACUGAGCCUGUCCUACAACCUGGAGAUCGGGUGGCGCUGGUGUAUCCCAACAGUGACCCUGGCAUGUUCUGGGUGGCUUUCUAUGGCUGCCUGUUAGCUGAGGUCAUCCCUGUGCCCAUUGAGGUACCACUGUCAAAACAGGAUGCAGGCAGCCAGCAGAUUGGCUUCCUGUUGGGCAGCUGUGGUGUUAGUCUGGCGCUGACCAGUGAGGUGUGUCUCAAAGGGCUGCCCAAGACACCAAACGGAGAGAUCGUCCAGUUUAAAGGAUGGCCAAGGAUGAAAUGGGUAGUCACAGACACCAAGUACCUGACCAAACCAUCUAAAGACUGGCAGCCUCACAUCCCCACCGCCAACACGGACACCGCCUACAUAGAGUACAAAGCGAGUAAGGAGGGAACAGUCAUGGGAGUUGCUGUGUCCAAGAUCUCCAUGCUGACCCACUGUCAAGCCCUGACCCAGGCCUGUAACUACUGUGAAGGGGAGACACUAGUCAAUGUGUUGGACUGCAAGAAGGAUAUGGGCUUGUGGCAUGGCGUCUUAACGAGUGUCAUGAACAGAAUCCACACCAUCACAGUGCCAUAUGCGGUCAUGAAAGCCUGUCCUAUGUCCUGGGUGCAGAGGGUUCACAUUCACAAAGCACGUGUGGCCUUGGUGAAGUGCCGUGACCUCCACUGGGCCAUGAUGGCCCACAAGGACCAGAGAGACACCAACUUGUCCUCUAUUCGUAUGCUUAUUGUGGCUGAUGGAGCAAACCCAUGGUCUGUGUCAUCAUGUGAUGCCUUCCUGAAUGUGUUCCAGUCUCAUGGUCUGAAGCCUGAGGUCAUUUGUCCAUGUGCUACCUCUCCUGAGGCCUUGACUGUGGCCAUACGCAGGCCUGGUGCACGAGGAGCUCCCCUGCCAGCCAGGGCCAUCCUGUCCAUGGGCGGGCUGAGCCACGGCGUGAUCAGGGUGAACACAGAGGACAAAAACUCUGCCCUGACUGUUCAGGAUGUGGGCCACAUCAUGCCUGGAGCUCUGAUGUGCAUUGUGAAACCAGACGGGCCUCCUCAGCUGUGCAAGACAGAUGAAAUAGGAGAAAUUGUGAUUAACUCUCGGGCCGGAGGCACCAUGUACUAUGGCCUGCCUGGUGUCACCAAGAACACAUUUGAGGUGAUCCCUGUCAACCAAGCUGGAGCACCCAUCGGAGAAAUUCCCUUUAGUCGGACUGGUCUGCUGGGAUUUGUAGGACCGGGCAGUCUGGUGUUUGUUGUGGGGAAGAUUGAGGGGCUGCUGAUGGUGAGCGGGCGACGCCACAAUGCAGACGACCUGGUGGCCACUGCGCUCGCAGUGGAGCCUGUCAAAACAGUUUACAGGGGGAGGAUCGCUGUCUUCUCAGUGACAGUAUUUUAUGAUGAGAGGAUAGUAAUUGUGGCAGAGCAGAGGCCUGAUGCUAGUGAGGAGGACAGCUUCCAGUGGAUGAGUCGAGUAUUGCAGGCCAUCGACAGUAUCCACCAGGUCGGCCUGUACUGCCUCGCACUCGUCCCAGCCAACACCCUCCCUAAGACACCGCUUGGAGGCAUCCACAUCUGUGAAACAAAGCAGAACUUCUUGGAGGGAAACCUGCACCCCUGUAAUAUCCUCAUGUGCCCACACACCUGUGUUACAAAUCUACCCAAACCACGGCAGAAACAGCCAGUGGAUGUCGGUCCCGCCUCUAUGCUGGUUGGCAACCUGGUGGCAGGGAAACGGAUCGCUCAGGCUAUAGGCAGAGAGCUGGGUGUGGUGGAGGACCAGGAUCUGAUCCGAAAGCUCUGUAUGUGGCCCACCAUGAUGCACCAGUUCUUGUCUGAAGCUCUGCAAUGGAGAGCCCAAACCGACCCAGACCAUGUCCUGUAUGUGCUGCUCAAUGCCAAGGGGGUGGCAGUGUGCACAGCCACUUGUGCUCAGCUACACAAGAGAGCAGAGAAAAUCACGGCCACCUUAAUGGAGAGAGGAGGCCUCAACACAGGAGACAAUGUGGUGCUGCUUUAUCCCCCAGGUAUUGACCUGAUAGCUGCCUUCUAUGGCUGUCUCUAUGCGGGGGUCAUCCCUGUGACAGUGAGGCCUCCUCAUCCACAGAACCUGGCUGCUACUCUCCCCACUGUCCGCAUGAUCAUCGAUGUGAGCAAAGCAGCCUGCAUCCUCACCACUCAGCCUCUGAUGAGGAUCCUCAGGUCCAGGGAGGCUGCUGCCAGCGUCAACAUCAAGACGUGGCCCACGAUAAUUGAUACAGAUGAUCUCCCCAGAAAGCGGCCUCCGCACAUCUAUAAGCCCCCCACAGCUGAGAUGCUGGCCUACCUGGACUUCAGUGUGUCUACCACAGGCAUGUUGACUGGAGUCAAGAUGUCUCAUGCUGCAGUCAGUACUCUGUGCCGCUCCAUUAAGCUGCAGUGUGAGCUCUACUCCUCACGCCAAAUAGCCAUCUGUCUGGACCCAUACUGUGGCCUGGGUUUCGUCCUGUGGUGCCUCUCCAGUGUUUACUCAGGUCACCAGUCCAUCCUUAUCCCUCCCCUGGAGCUGGAGAGCUCGCUGCCUCUGUGGCUGAGCACGCUCAGUCAGUACAAGAUCAGAGACACCUUCUGCUCCUACUCUGUCAUGGAGCUCUGCACCAAAGGCUUGGGCACCCAGACAGAGAUACUAAAGGCGCGGGGUCUGAAUCUGUCGUGCGUGCGGAGCUGUGUGGUGAUAGCAGAGGAGCGGCCUCGUCUCGCUCUCACACAGUCCUUCUCCAAGCUCUUCAAAGACCUCGGCCUGUCGCUGCGCGCUGUCAGCACCGCCUUCGGCUCCAGGGUCAACCUGGCCAUGUGCAUGCAGGGCACUGCUGGACCAGACCCCUCAACCGUCUUUGUUGACAUGAAGUCUCUGCGUCAUGACAGGGUGAGGCUGGUGGAGCGAGGAGCGCCACAGAGUCUUCCACUCAUGGAGUCAGGCACUAUCCUACCGGGAGUGAGGGUCAUCAUAGUCAACCCAGAGACCAGAGGCCCGCUGGGAGAUUCACAUCUUGGGGAGAUCUGGGUGAACAGUCCUCAUAGCGCCAGCGGCUACUACACCAUCUACGGGGAGGAGAGCCUGCAGGCGGAUCAUUUCAACACCAGACUCAGCUUCGGGGAGCCCCACACUCUGUGGGCCAGGACGGGCUACCUGGGCUUCAUCAAGAGGACUGAGCUACUGGAUGCAAACGGAGAUCGUCACGAUGCCUUGUUUGUGGUGGGCUCCCUUGAUGAAACGUUGGAGUUGCGGGGGUUGCGUUAUCACCCCAUCGACAUCGAGACGUCUGUGUCCCGAACCCAUCGCAGCAUCGCAGAGAGUGCUGUGUUUACAUGGACCAACCUGCUGGUGGUGGUGGCGGAGCUGAGUGGCUCGGAGCAGGAGGCCUUGGACCUUGUGCCCCUCGUCACCAACGUGGUCCUGGAGGAGCACCACCUCAUCGUUGGUGUGGUGGUCAUCGUGGACCCCGGGGUGAUCCCCAUCAACUCCAGAGGAGAGAAGCAGAGGAUGCACCUGCGAGACUCCUUCCUGGCAGACCAGCUGGACCCCAUCUAUGUGGCCUACAACAUGUGAACAUCCUUCACCAACUGAUGCAGAAAACUGAGCCAGGUUCUGAAGAUAGGCGUGAGGGAGAAGGAAUUGGGGUGCGUUGAGUAGCAAACCCCAAUGUUAAACCUCAGACACACACUCAAAACACCAAACGAUGUGGGAAUGCGAGUACAGUACCAGUGCUGUGAUGAGAAAGUGCUUCCCUCUCAGAAACUGUUCCUUUUUUGCUUCCACCUGCUUGAUCGCUGCAGUCCAGGUUCACUGAGAUUUUCUCUCCUCUUAAUAGUAGACACAUCUGUCAACUGGAGGAAACUUCAUCUUCAUCCUCUCUGUGCAUCCCACUUCUCCCUCAUAGCUCCUAUUAAUGUUUUUUAUAGACAUUUUUAAUUACAUACAUUCAUCAAAGAAAGAAAUCCUACCCACCUUCCAUUCCUUGGUUUUUAUCCUGAACCAAUCAUCCCUGUGUGUUCGAUUUUUUUUUUUUUUUUUUUUUUUUUUCUUUUUUUUAAAUAACCCCCUCGUUUCUUGAAGGCAGGAUGGUGCACUGGAACUGCUUAGAGGAGCUGGAACUUCCACCCCUUGCACUUUUAAGUCCUUGCACCUCUGAGUCCACUUCCUGUCUCAUCUGCCUCAAGGGGACACCCCCCGUGCCUGCUGCUGUCACGAGACGAAAUCCACAUCAGUAUUAAAAAGUGCCACCCACAAGUGAAGCCCACAGGGGCGAUCCUGACAUAUACCCUUCCUACCAGGUACACCGUGGCUUUCACCUCCCAUCACAUACUCUAUUUGCCAGCAGACAUGCUGUUGUCAUUCACACAUUAGAAAAUGUCCUAAAAAAAAAUACACUUGAAUUAUUUCUUGGUGUGGGAAAAGAAAGACUCGCUAACUAAACGUACAAACCUGGAACGUAAAGAUGAAACUGAUUCUUCAUUGUCGGUGUAAAUAGGACUUGGUCCGUUAGAUAGUUCUUAUUAUCGUGAUAGUACUAAUAAACUUUUUUAAAAGCACCAGUUUUCAGAAGAGUUGAAGCUAUGCCUGGUGUUAAGGUGUGCAUGCUGAUUUGGAAGUCAAUCAAUGUCUACAUACGGGCCAAAAAAAAGAAAAAGAAAAAAAAAACAGCUAACAAGCCCAGAAGUCACGCAGCAGUGCAUUGGUUGGUUUAGCACGGCCUAUACUGAAUGUUUAGACGGAGCCUAGCCCCAUUUUGUGUCUCUCAUGUGUGACCAUUACAUGCGAGUCGAAGCACUUAGCAUCUGUUUCUUUGAAAAAUAAAUACCCGGCAAUCUUUUCUUCCAGUCGUCUGGAUGAAUAAAUCCUCCGUCUGUUCCACAAUGAAAAACAUUUUUAACUCUUUUCCCAAGCUACAAUUACAUUUCCUAAUCCAGUUAGCUGAAAAUGACAUACGACAUAUGUCGUUGCAUGUUUCGUAACACACAAGUAAAAUAUUAACAUGUUAUUUUGUAUGAAAAUAUAAAAUAUUGAAAAGAUACAUUAAUAUUCCUCAGUAUAACUGACAGUAAAAUUUUAAAUUUGGUUCUCAUUGUACAAAUUGAGCAAGGACAUCCGUAAUUUCUGGCAACCAUCUUUGUUUGGAUUAAGAAAUACAGGUUAAAAAUCCUUUAUCAUGCAGCAAACUGAAUAUUUUUUUUCAUCCAGAUCGUUAGAAGUGUCUUUGAGGAUUCAGGAAAUAUCUUAAGAACAAUGGUAAACUCAUGUCAACUUACACGCUUGUUCCGAGGGAUUUUCGACCAUAUCACACUGACUUGAUUAGUUUUAACAAAGUUUCUUCAGAUGACUUCUAAAAGCUAUAAAACUUCUCAGAAUAAAGAAAAGUUUUGGACAUCUACAACUCCACAACAGCAAGACUGUGUAAUAUGAUGGAACGCAUCAGAAGAAGCGAGUAAGUGGACCUUGAGUUGAGUUUUGUGUUUGUUUUGUUUUUUUUCGUCAGGGGCCCUCAGAGUUUCACAUGAUACUUUCCCAUCUGUUUCACUUGAUGUUAGCGUCACAGUCGAUUUAGAUAAACGUAGAUCAUCAGAAGGCAAUUCAGUGCCUUUUUAUUAUUGCACCAUCGUGACAUUUAAGAUUAUGAACUGAUGAAUUUUUAAAUAAAUAAGAUAUUAAGAAUGAGGACAGAACUUUGCCUUACUAAGCCUGUGGAACUUCAGUACUUUUUAUAUUUAAUCCAUCAUUUCUGGCUGUGAUAUUAGUGUACUUAAAGAUCUGUUCCACCAUUUUUCACAUGAACCAGACGCUGGUUUAUAACUCAGAACACACACAGAUUUCUUUCAAGAGGAAAAGGGGGGGUGUCUUGUUCUUUUUAAGUUUGUGGUCAUGCCUUUCUCAUUUCAUCAAUACCAUUUAAACCAAUUCUUUCUGAAUGUCUGUAACACUGAAAAAAAGAAGUUAAAUUAAGAAUGAACAGCAAUCACUUAGCAACUUGUGAUAUAAAAAUGGCAGAAUCCUCCUUUAACAGAAAUGGAGAGGUAAUAAAUGAGGGUAAGGAUGUUGUCUGUAUACUAUAAUUUAGAGGUCAAAUACCGCAUUACUGGUGUUAAUGUGUACAUGGAAAUGAACUUUGUCGAUUUGAAAAAAACUUGACUGAUCUUUCAUACUUGACAGCAUUUUUCUGCAUUGUUAAUUUAAUGGUAUCACAUUGCAAAAGAGAAAAAAAAAAAGGUUUCAGAUUAUUUUGGCAGGAACAAUGUGCACUUUCCCAAUAUCAUUUUGUGUGAUUGUGUGUGUAUGUAUGUGUACACAAGAGGGAGUGUGUGUGAGUGUCCAGUUAACAGUGAUAUUUGGCUUUUCUGGUGCAACAAGGUUUGUCUUUUGUAAGAAAAUGAUCCCAGAAUAUUAAACCAUUUUUUAUUUCUUCUUCUUUUUUUUUAAAUGUCGCCUCCACUGUAUUUUUAAUUCUUUUCAUCCAAAUUUGGAAUUUAAUAUAUUUUAUAGGGGUUUCAUCAAUAUUUUCCUGAUGUAAUAUUUCUUUAAAACUUCUGCAAACAGCUGGUUUGGUUUAGAAGCAGCCUGACACACAGUACAGCACAUCAACAAACCACUUUUCAUUCAGUGACAGACACUGACGACAUGUUUGCGAGCCAGUAUCUGGGACAAGUUAGAGUUAAUCAUGAAUAACAAACCGAAGCUUCUGGGCUACUAUGUGAUAAUUGCUUUGUUGCUACUGUUUCACUCCGACAAGUUUUAAUAAAGUUUUAUAAUUUCAUGUUGCCCUUCAAGCCUUUUCAAUAGACAUUGGUGCUAUUCAAUAAGGGAAAGCUGACAGACUUUUGUCCUCCAAUGUCAUUACAAACAAGGUUUCUUCCUGGAUGCCCUUCUUGUGUGAAAAUAAGUCAUUAAUUUUCCAUGCCAACAUCUUCAAUGUUUUGGCUUACUGCUUAGUUCUAAAGUUGUUGGUCAUCGCAAGUUUUCGUCAGCUCUGAGGUCUGAUGAAAACUCUCUCAACAGGCAACUCCACGAGGACGAUGCAGGUCGAGAUUUUACAUCUGAAUACUUAUUUCAGUUUUUAAGUUGUCAUGUUGUGAGGAAUGGCGUACAUUUUCAAACCUCCAAAGUAAUUCUAAGCACAAAAUGUAAAUGUAAAUGUGAGGUAAUGAAAUUAGGAUCUUUCACACAAAAGUCAUAAUACUCAAGGGCCCACAAUGUAUACCUCAACGACUGUCUGUUCACUAUGCAUCGUCGAGCCUCAGCAAAGACAUUCUGAACUAGUCAAUGGUGCGAUAACUUCUAACAACAUGUCUUACUUGACAAAAACACUGUCACACUGUCAUUGGAUGUGUUUCACGUAAAAUAAAAA